AUGAAAAUUGAGAAAUCAUAUUUAUGGCCGAGAGGUGAUUUCUCGAUGAUUGUUGAUCAUACCUGCAUAUCAUUUGGUACCUCACAUGUUGAUACAUUUAAACUAGCCUUACAAUUUAUUUCUUAUCAUGGGUAUUUUAAUGGUACACUUUAUAUAACAUAUCCAGAUUGGCAUCGAAUAGCAUUACAAAAAAUGUUAUUAACCGACAAUAUUGCUAUAGAAUUUUUUAUAAGUGCAAAACAUCUUGAGGAAAUGGAUAAUGAAGACGAAAAGUCAGUUAUUAGUAAAGAGGAAUUAAUGGAAGAAGUUUUGGCAGACUCUGAUAUAUCUGUAUCAUUAAAAAAUUUAGAUGAGAAAAAAAUUGAACUAGUAAAAAUAAAUAUAUUAUUUUUAGCAUUAGUAAUAGUUAUGUCUGGAUAUAGAGAAUUUUUUUCUAAUGAAUAUAAAAAUGUAGAAAGUUUUAAAACUGUUUAUGAAUAUAUUAGAAUAAAUUUAAAACAAUUUUGUUCAGUUAUCCUUUUAUGUAAUCCAAAUUUAAUGAAAAAAUUAAUAAAAGAAUCACAUAAACCUGUAGAAUGUAUUGAAGAUUCAACAAAAAUACAUAUAGAACAUCUUAUUAAUUUUAAUUAUGUUUUUGAAGGAACAAUUGUAGAUUUAUUAGAAACAAUUAAUGAAAGAUCAAUUUUACCUCAAAAAUGUUGGUAUAUUUUAUCAAAGAAAAUUGUAACAACAUUUUAUAGUAAUGAAAUAAGAUUUGAUGAAAUUGUUGGUAUGUUAGAUAUGAUUCUUCAACAAGAUAUGUUUGCUGUUCAUGAUUUACCUUAUGAUCACAUUAAAUAUAAUACAAAACAAAUAAAUCAUUAUCAAGAAUGUCAUAAAAAAUUUACACCUAGUUUAGGAGCAAAAUAUAGAAAACUUGUGGUUGCUAAUUGGAAUCAUAUAGAACUUUUUACAAGUCCACUUUAUGGUGGAAUAAACAUAAAAUUAACUAAUGGUACAAAUAAAAGUUCAUAUAUAUUUGUUCCACAAUAUACACGUAGUACUGUUAUCUCAGAUACUAAAGAUUGUUCACCAAUAAUUUUUGGUCCAGUAAAAGACAUUAUUUUUAUUAACAAUGUUCAUAAUACAUCAAUUUCAGUUAUUACACACAGAAUAAUAAUUAAAAAUUCUUCAAAUUUAACAAUUUUUCUUUCAUCAUACACUCCUCCAAUUAUUUCAUCAGAUUCAAGAAAUAUCAAUAUCGCUCCAUAUAAUGUUUUUUAUACAGAUCUUGAAAAUCAACUUAAAAUGGCACAGAUGUCUUUAUUACCAAUUGACAAAAACCAAUGGUCAAAACCAUUAAUUUUAGAUGAAUUAUUCCCUCAAUCAAUAUGUAAUAAAAAAAAUUAUUUAAAUGAAAAAGUUUUUCAAAUAUAUAAAAUUUUACCACCAACUUCAUUUUAUAUUCAACCAACAAUAUUUAACAUGAAUUUUAAAUCUGACUUUUUUAAAUACUUUUGCUCCAAAACAAUACCAUCAAAAUUUAUAAAAUCUUGGGAAAAUUCAUUAUCUAAGAUAUAUCAAAAAAAUAAUAAUUUUAAUCAAAUACCAGACAUUCUUACAAAAAAAGAUAUACAAUAUUUAUUAAAAAAAUGUAUUUAA